ACAUAAAACUACAGCGUCUGGCCUGAAGCGGUCGGUGCUGAGUUUGUGCUGCAGGUCCAGGUCCUGCCGCUGGAUUCCCCCAUCGGUUUUUUGGGAAGGGUGAAGGUCGAAUGGUCUGGCUUUUGUAACUGGGGACACAAACACCAAAUAACGAGAGAAGCCUCCGCUCCUUUCGCACCAUUUUUUCUCCCUCAAGGGCCCUGCAUGUCUAAUAUUUAGACAUGUUCAGCUUUAUGGAUUCCAGGACUGUACUGCUACUUGUAGCGAGCCAAGUUUGUCUAUUAGCCGUUGUGAGAUGUCAGGUGGAAGACGACCAAGAGGACGCGUUUAGCUGUGUACAAGAUGGACAGCGUUAUAAUGACAAGGAUGUGUGGAAACCAGAGCCUUGUCGCAUCUGUGUGUGUGACACUGGAACCGUCCUGUGUGAUGAAAUUGUCUGCGAGGAGCUAAAAGACUGCCCCAAACCUGAAAUCCCAUUUGGAGAGUGUUGCCCCAUCUGUGCUGCUGACCAGCCUUCAACCUCUGGAAUACCUGGUGUUAAGGGCCAGAAAGGCGAACCCGGAGACAUUACGGAUGUUAUAGGACCAAGAGGACCACCUGGCCCAACGGGCCCGCCAGGAGAGCAAGGACCCCGAGGAUCAAGAGGAGAGAAAGGAGAGAAGGGAAGUCCUGGCCCCCGUGGCAGAGAUGGCGAGCCUGGCACCCCUGGAAACCCUGGCCCCCCUGGACCUCCAGGACCUAAUGGACCCCCUGGCCUUGGUGGAAACUUUGCUGCUCAGAUGGCUGGUGGUUUUGACGAGAAGGCCGGCGGCGCACAAAUGGGUGUAAUGCAAGGACCAAUGGGCCCUAUGGGACCUAGAGGACCACCUGGGCCAACUGGAGCACCUGGUCCACAAGGUUUCCAAGGUAAUCCUGGAGAAGCUGGAGAGCCUGGACAAUCAGGACCCAUGGGACCCCGCGGCCCCCCUGGACCUCCUGGAAAACCUGGAGAUGAUGGUGAAGCUGGCAAACCUGGUAAAUCAGGUGAGCGUGGACCUUCGGGACCUCAGGGAGCUCGUGGAUUCCCGGGAACUCCUGGUCUGCCUGGCAUCAAGGGGCACAGAGGUUAUCCAGGGCGUGACGGUGCAAAGGGAGAGACUGGAGCUGUUGGUGCUAAGGGUGAAUCUGGUUCUCCUGGAGAGAGCGGCGCUCCCGGACCAAUGGGACCUCGUGGUUUGCCUGGUGAGAGAGGACGUCCUGGAGCCAGUGGAGCUGCUGGAGCUCGUGGAAAUGAUGGUCUGCCCGGUCCUGCUGGUCCACCUGGCCCUGUUGGACCUUCCGGAGCUCCAGGCUUCCCUGGCUCGCCCGGUGCAAAAGGAGAAGCCGGACCUACUGGUGCUCGUGGACCUGAGGGUGCUCAGGGACCUCGUGGAGAGUCUGGUACUCCUGGAUCUCCUGGACCGUCUGGCGCUUCUGGUAACCCCGGUACUGAUGGCAUUCCUGGAGCGAAAGGAUCUGCUGGUGCUCCUGGCAUCGCUGGUGCUCCUGGUUUCCCUGGACCUCGUGGGCCUCCCGGGCCUCAGGGAGCCACUGGACCUCUUGGUCCAAAGGGAACAUCUGGAGACCCGGGUAUUCCAGGGUUCAAGGGAGAGGCUGGACCCAAGGGAGAAAUUGGACCACCUGGUCUUCAGGGACCAAAUGGCCCACAAGGAGAAGAAGGCAAGAGAGGACCCAGAGGUGAGCCUGGUUCUGCUGGACCACGGGGACCCCCUGGAGAGAGAGGAGCUCCCGGUAAUCGUGGUUUCCCUGGUCAAGAUGGUCUGGCUGGUCCAAAGGGAGCCCCCGGUGAGCGUGGACCCUCAGGAGCCAGCGGUCCCAAAGGUGCCAGCGGUGACCCCGGCCGCCCUGGAGAGCCUGGUCUGCCCGGUGCCAGAGGUCUGACUGGACGCCCCGGUGAUGCUGGGCCUCAAGGCAAAGUUGGACCUUCUGGAGCACCUGGUGAGGAUGGUCGUCCAGGACCUCCUGGUCCACAGGGAGCCCGAGGACAGCCUGGAGUCAUGGGAUUCCCUGGACCGAAGGGAGCAACUGGUGAACCUGGCAAGUCUGGUGAGAAAGGACUGGCUGGAGCUCCUGGUCUGAGAGGUCUGCCCGGCAAAGAUGGAGAAACUGGCUCAGCUGGACCCCCUGGCCCUGCUGGUCCUGCUGGAGAAAGAGGAGAGCAAGGACAGCCUGGUCCCUCUGGCUUCCAGGGUCUUCCUGGCCCUCCUGGUCCACCUGGUGAGGGAGGAAAGCCUGGAGAUCAGGGUGUUCCUGGAGAGGCUGGACCUGCUGGUGCCACUGGACCUAGAGGAGAACGUGGUUUCCCUGGCGAGAGAGGAGCCGCUGGCUCUCAGGGUCUGCAGGGACCCAGAGGUCUGCCUGGAACUCCUGGAACUGACGGACCCAAGGGAGCGAUUGGACCUGCUGGCACUGCAGGAGCUCAGGGACCCCCUGGCCUGCAGGGUAUGCCUGGAGAGAGAGGAGGUGCUGGUAUUCCCGGACCCAAAGGAGACAGAGGAGACGUCGGAGAGAAAGGACCUGAAGGUGCUCCAGGCAAAGAUGGUGCCAGAGGUCUCACUGGUCCCAUUGGUCCCCCUGGUCCUUCUGGUCCCAAUGGUGAGAAGGGUGAAUCUGGUCCUGCUGGUCCUUCUGGAGCUCCUGGUGUCCGCGGUGCUCCUGGUGACAGGGGUGAGACUGGACCUCCUGGACCGGCUGGCUUUGCUGGACCCCCAGGUGCUGACGGUCAGCCUGGAACCAAGGGAGAGCAGGGAGAACCUGGACAGAAGGGAGAUGCUGGUGCUCCUGGACCCCAAGGACCAUCUGGAGCCCCUGGACCCGCUGGUCCCACAGGUGUUUCUGGACCUAAAGGUGCUCGUGGUGCUCAGGGACCUCCUGGUGCCACUGGUUUCCCUGGAGCUGCCGGCCGAGUUGGACCCCCUGGCCCCAAUGGUAAUCCUGGACCUCCUGGUCCUGCUGGUCCUCCCGGUAAAGAUGGACCCAAAGGCGUGAGGGGAGAUGGUGGACCUCCAGGCAGACAGGGUGAUGCUGGGCUUCGUGGUCCCGCUGGAGCUUCCGGAGAGAAGGGAGAUGCUGGAGAGGAUGGUCCACCUGGCCCACCUGGUCCUUCAGGUCCUCAGGGAUUGGCUGGUCAGCGCGGUAUUGUUGGUCUCCCUGGACAGCGUGGCGAGAGAGGUUUCCCGGGUCUGCCUGGACCUUCUGGUGAGCCUGGAAAACAAGGAGCUUCUGGUGGUCCUGGAGACCGUGGACCCCCUGGACCUGUUGGACCACCUGGACUGACUGGACCUGCUGGAGAGCCUGGCAGAGAGGGCACCCCUGGAUCUGAUGGACCUCCCGGUAGAGAUGGUUCUCCUGGAAAUAAGGGUGAGCGUGGUAACACUGGUCCUGCUGGUGCUCCUGGUGCUCCGGGCGCUCCUGGUGCUAAUGGCCCAGUUGGUCCCACUGGCAAACAGGGAGACAGAGGAGAGCCUGGUCCACAAGGACCUGCUGGAUCUUCAGGACCUGCUGGUGCCCGAGGAAUGCCUGGGCCCCAAGGACCCCGUGGUGACAAAGGGGAGGCAGGAGAGGCUGGUGAAAGAGGACAGAAGGGACACCGAGGCUUCACUGGUCUGCAGGGUCUCCCCGGACCUCCAGGUCAACCUGGAGACCAGGGUGCUACUGGACCUGCUGGACCUGCUGGACAACGUGGACCACCUGGACCCGUUGGCCCUGCUGGAAAAGACGGUACAAAUGGUCUGCCUGGACCCAUUGGACCCCCUGGACCCCGUGGUCGCAGUGGAGAGACCGGUCCUGCUGGUCCUCCUGGAAACCCCGGACCCCCUGGUCCUCCUGGUCCCCCGGGCCCUGGCAUCGAUAUGUCUGCCUUCGCUGGUCUGGGUCAGACUGAGAAAGGCCCCGAUCCUCUCAGGUACAUGAGAGCCGACCAGGCUUCUGGAAAUCUCCGACAGCAUGAUGCUGAGGUCGACGCCACUCUCAAAUCUCUCAACAACCAGAUUGAGAACAUCCGCAGCCCUGAGGGAUCCAAGAAAAACCCUGCUCGCACCUGCAGAGACCUGAAACUGUGCCACCCUGACUGGAAGAGCGGAGAGUACUGGAUUGAUCCCAAUCAAGGCUGCACUGUAGAUGCUAUUAAGGUCUUCUGCAACAUGGAGACAGGGGAGUCCUGCGUCCACCCCAAGCCUUCCAGCAUCCCUCGCAAGAACUGGUGGACCAGCAAGAGCACGGUCCCCAAACAUGUCUGGUUCGGAGAGAGCAUGAAUGGAGGAUUCCACUUUAACUAUGGCGAUGACAGCCUGGCGCCCAACACCGCCGCCAUUCAGAUGACGUUCCUGAGACUGCUGUCCACUGAGGCUUCUCAAAACAUCACCUACCACUGUAAGAACAGCGUGGCCUACAUGGACGGCGCGACAGGAAACCUGAAGAAGGCCAUGCUGCUGCAGGGCUCCAAUGAUGUGGAGAUCAGAGCCGAGGGCAACAGCCGUUUCACUUACGCCGUGUUGGAAGAUGGCUGCACGAGACACACAGGAAGAUGGGGCAAGACGGUGAUUGAAUACAGAUCACAGAAGACCUCUCGUCUGCCCAUCUUAGACAUUGCACCCAUGGAUAUCGGUGGAGCAGACCAGGAGUUUGGAGUCGAUGUUGGGGCGGUCUGCUUCUUGUAAAGAACGAGGGAUCAAAUUAUUGAGAAAAAAGAAGUGGAGAUUUGAAAAAGAAAAUAACAUGAAAGAGGAGCACACCUCAGAUAAAGGAGGCGAGGAAGAGAAAAAAAGAAAAAUCAAGACACUUUUUUUUUAAAUGGGACUUUUUUUCUUAGUAGAAAGUGCUUUUCCAAGUUGAACUCCAUAGGAUAUCUGCACUGAAUGGCACCAGCACCUGUCAUUUGUGAUUCAUCCAGCAUUGCCUCCAGCUCGCCCCUGCCCACCCCAAACCACGGACUCCCCGUUUUCCCCAAAAAUGCUACCUCCCCACCUCCACCCCUUCCCUGCCAACUAAUCUAUUGCAUAUUCGCGAACAAGAAGGAGGAAGUAUGAGGAGAGUACAGGAGCAUACGUAGGAAUGGGAGAGAGAACAAUGUGUUGGUGUUAUUUAUUUAUUGUCUAGGUUGGGGUCCCUGGUGUGACAGGACUGAGUUUGUUGCUAAGUAUUGAAAAGUGGCUUACACACAAAUAAUUUCCACCAACUUUCUCUCGUACUUCCUCCUCUUUUCUAACCAUCCCAUCGCUCCUGUACAUUAUCCACUAAAGAAUAAAACAACAACAAUCAAGCUGCAAAGAAAGUGCAGGUGUUCCUAUUUCUACUGCCACAGUGUGUCAAAAGUUACUGUGUAUUAUAAAUAAAAUCAAUGGUGCUAUUGUUGUAAAA